AUGCUACACCGCUCCGCCCUGGAAGAUGAAACGAGACCGUUCCACCCCAGACGCCCGUCGGGAUCGCUAAUGGAGCCCCCCUCUGUACCUCCUCCCAAUCGACCUGCUUCUCGCACUUCUCGACCGGGAUCCCGCACUCGAAUGGCCAAGUCCUCGAGGGCUGUGACUCCGACUGGACUAGGUGUGGUAACAGAGAACGCCCCGGGUAUGGGGCCGGAUGGCCCGUGGAAUGGCACCAGCCCUAUUAAAGAAGGGUUGGGAAGUUUAAAUCGUUGGUCGCAAUCUACAACCUCCAGUCGGAGUCCAUCUGAGUAUGCGGGUCAUCGCCGGGGCAGUUCUAAAAUGUCCAUGUCGGGCCAUAGUCCUCAGAGAGGACCAAGAUUGGAAGAGCUUCCGGAGUUAAGUCUCCCAGAGUUGAGAAGCUCAGAGAUGUUUUCGACGGGAUCAAAUUCUCAUCUCGAUCUUUCAUUUACAGCUUCGAGUCAUAUAUUUCAGAGUUCUUCGCCAAAUGAACCAUAUGAGCAUAAACAGGCGUAUGCGCCAGGUCAUAUGUCGCGACCAAGUGAAGGGGUUGCUUCUUUGGAGGAGGAAGGGGAGGCGGAGAAUCGACAACAUGGUCAAACUCAGAAAGCAAUGUUGUCCAAGGCACUACAGAAGGCAAAUACUGCUGUACUUUUGGAUAAUGCAGCCAAUUUUGAGGGUGCAAUGGAAGCAUACACAGAUGCAUGCCAAUUAUUGCAGUUAGUCAUGCUUCGAAGCAACGGCGGAGAUGAUGAAAAGAUCAAGCUGCAAGAGAUUCGCGACACUUAUAUGAUUCGGAUUACAGAACUUCAGCGCAUGGAUUUCCCUCUACCAGAUCUCGAUGGGAAAGCCCUCCCUGAGCGACCUUUAAGCCAGGAGUCAUUUGGUGAAUUACUCCAUGGCACCGCAAACGAUGGCUCUCGUGUAGACAGUCAACGUAGCUCCGCCCGCUCCAGCUUAGGCCUCCACGCAUCAAUAGAAGAUCCCAGAUCCUUACCUCCUGAGGCAAUUCCUCCUCGUCGCCAGUCCUUAAGACCUGCUGGCUAUGAUGAGCAGCCACGGUCUAUGUCUAUUCCCAGGAACCCGAAUCCGCAAUCCGGGCGAUCGACUCCAGCAAACUCAGGCGUGAAUGCCGGCUACGGGGGGCAAUACUUAGAGCCCUCUUUACAAGAAGUCAACGAAUCAACAUCAUGGCUAGACACCAUUGACGAAUCAGGUGCUUCUUCUCCGUCGUCCGCGAAUUCUAAGGCAUCAUCAGUCUAUCUUCGACGUCGCACUAGUCGGCGCAUUAGUACGGACACAGAAGCCGAAUUCGAUGCCGCCCUCGAUGCGGCCGUGGAGGCUGCAUAUGAUGAUGGUCUAGAGCCGGUCAUGGAGUAUAGGGAAGAGGAAAACGAUGAUAUUGUCGCCAAUGCUCGCAGAAAUAUUGAACUGGCUAAGCAACGCGUGCGCGAAGCAGAACGAGAGGCCGAGGACGCGAUGAACCGAGGUCGAGAAAUACGUCGCAUUCAGGAACAGAACUUCAUGGAUAAUUCAAACACUGUGGUUCGGCAUUCAGACUACCUUGAUGAAGAAGCAGAAGAAGAAGAACGUCUUUUGGAAGAAAUGACCAAGGGCUACGUCAUGGACGAUUUUGAAUUUGGUAUACAAUCCAAAUCGGCGCUUCCUCGUGAAUCCGAUUCUAGCAAUAUGUCUGGAAGGACCUGGGAGAGUUCAGCUGCGUCCAACAUCACUGGCACGGGACCUACCUUGUCAACUCUCACAGAAGAUGAAAACAACCUGGCGCCCACGCAAAUGCCAGAGCAAACUCCUCUCCCAUCAUCUCCCCCAUCCUCUGCUUUACCUCCAAUCCCGUCUCAGUUCCCUGAUUUACCCCCACAACGAACCUCUUUGUCUUUAUCCAAGCCUCCUCCUCCCCCCGCGAUGGGUCCACCUCCUGUCCCGGGCGUUCGAGCUCGGCGACUGUCGGGAACAAGUACUGGUGAACUUAAAAUUGAAACCAGUAGUCGUUUCCGCGCAGACUCCAGUACUUCUGAGAUAGAUCCUUUCUCGACUCCGCUGGCGAGUCAACCGCCUCCGCCACUCCCCAAAGAUGAACCAGCCCCAGAAAGCUCCAAGCCUUCUCUACUAGGCUUAGGCUUCCGGGCCAAUUUGCACCCUUCAAAGCGCAACGCAUCAAUUGGUUCGAUCACCGAGCAUAUCAAUCUUGCCAAGACUCGCACUCAAGAGGAUGAUGAAGCCGGGGUUCCUCCUCUGCCCACCACGUCGCGACUCAUGGGCAAGAUACCUUCCGCGCCGGAUGGCUUGGAUAAGUCCAGUUCAAAGAUCUUUCGAUCGCGCAAUGUAUCCGUGCCUAAUCCUGAGACUGCGCCGGCUUCUCCAACAACACCAUGGAGCGGGUCAUUCCCAACGCUGGAUGUCCCGAGGAAUGUUCCUGUGAUGCCCACGCCAACUGGUACUUAUUUCACCCAAAAUGGAUUGCCUACGGGAGGCCUCAACCUCUUCGAUUCUGAGAUUCAUUCCCCUACUAACCUUGGUCGUCCGAAUUCCCUUGUACCAAAUGGCCCUCUGCCCCUCGAAGCGUGUCCUGAGUCUUUCCUUCUCCGUCCACACUCGCUCACCCCCCACGGCGGUUACUUGUCUACCAAACUUUUCAUCCCACACGAUGUCUGGCGGGUCAAGAAUGUCAAGCUCAAGGCUAUUGAGGAUAAAGUGUCCAACUGUGACCUUCUGACUGCGGCACUGCUCAGGCUCGCCCAUGUCGAUAUGUACGAUGCAGAUGCGGUCUUGGAAGAGAUGCAGGCACUUGAAGGUGUUCUUGAUCAAGCACAAGCUGCUUUAUCCAAGAAACUCGGUCAUGAUGUGGGAGUUCAAACUGCCAUGCCACUUUUCAAGCCAAGUACAGGCGCAGAUGAUUCCGCUAGUCAGGAUACAUCGUCUUCGAGAAGCUCAGGUACAUCAAAUAAAUCGUACCUCCCGACUUGGAAACGGCUCCGAGCGAAGACUUCAGGAAUGGGCACCACCACCCCUCCGGUCGUUUCAAGCGCGCGUGACAGCAACAAGGAUAACUUCACUCUUAAUUCUCUUCCAAUGAUCUCUGGACCUACUGCUCAUACCAAGCGCAACGUUACUAGUUUGGAUUUCUCGGGUCCAAAUUCCCACUACAUGGGAGCUUUAGCUCGUCUCUUUGAUGCUGCCCAAGUGAUUGAUCAAAUCGCACAACAAGUCGAAGAUCCUGGACUUAAACACUCCUCCCAAACCCAUGUUGGCCUGGAGCUUAGUACACGCCAUGCUGCUGAAUUCUUUGGCUUUUAUGUGUGUCGCUUUGCCCUUGCUGACGUGGGCCUCAUGCUUGAUAAAUUUAUCAAGCGUGGAAGUGAGUGGGUGUUGAUCUAA